AUGAAGAUCAUUCUUCUUUUACUCUUGAUCCUCCAAUCUAAUGGGGCAAUCUCAGCUGCACAAAGUUGGAUGAGAGCCAGUUACUGGUUUUCUGGCUCAGGAUUUCGUAUUUCUGACAUCAACUCAAGUCUCUUCACUCACAUAAUCUGUGCUUUUGGUGACAUCAAUUCUGUGACAUAUGAGCUCAACAUCUCUUCUUCCGAUCAGAAGUAUUUCUCAGUUGUCAGCAGCACUCUGAAACAAAGAAAUCCAUCAGUCGUGACUCUUUUAUCCAUUGGGGGAGAAAGGAGUAAUUAUUCAAUCUACUCGACAAUGGUUAGUCAACCUUCUUCUAGGAAAUCCUUCAUUGAGUCUUCAAUGGAUCUAGCUCGAUCAUAUGGGUUUGAUGGCUUAGAUUUCAGCUGGCCUUCAGCAAGUACAGCUGCAGAUGCUGAUAACAUCGGGAUACUAUUCAAUGAAUGGAGUGGAGGACUACCAGCUGAGAAGAUUGUUUUGGUAUUGCCUUUCUAUGGCUAUGCAUGGACACUGAAGGACCCCAAAGCCGAUGGAAUUGGUGCACCUGCUACUGGAUCAGCUUUUACUCCGGAAGGGGACAUGACGUACAUGGCAGUCAAGGACUUCAUUCGAUGA